AUGACACCACCGCUACCACCACCACUACCAUCAUUCAUCGGAUACCUCAACCGUUACCUUUUGUAUAUCAAGUGUCUAUGUGAAAAGAUGUGCGAUUUGUGUCUCUUCCCAUCAUCAUCAUCCUCCUCAUCCUACUCUUCAGAGGGGGAAGAAGAGUUCGGAGAGUAUGAUGAAUCUAAUAUUACUACUGAUAUUCCUUUAUCUGAUCAGUAUAUGAUGACACCGACAGCAACAACAACAACAACAACAAUGUACAUUGAGAGAUUUGAUCAUCAAGAGGACGAAAAGGAAAUUUACAAUUUUAAACAAAUCGGGCAAUCAUUAAAACAAACCAUUUUUGAAGUUACCCAUUUAAAGAUAGAUCUAGUUGAAGGCCUACCUCCUCCUCCAACAACAACAAUGCAACAAGAUAUCGAUGGGGACGGGAUCAUAUUAUUUUUGAUUAUCAAAGAAGGAGGAAGAGAAACACAUCAAGAAUAUAAUCAUCAAUAUAGAUUAUUAUGUGAGAUUUGGUCAAGAGAAUGA